AUGGGCGAGUUGGAUAGCCAGACGGACAGUAAAGCGGGCGAUGGAUGGUUUUACGUGGAGAAGAUUGGCGAUGAGACUCAUCAGUUCUUUUUAGGGUAUUGCUCGUGGGGAUUGGGCGAUGAGCUGGAGAUAUGGGUGCAUAUAGAUGGGUACGAUUACGGGUACGACUACGGACGCUCAGAUGGGCAAUUAAGCGACGAGGGGCUGCGACAAGUGAAAGAGUGGUGUGCUAAGGUGUGCGAGCCCCAGGCCCAGGCCCAGACGACUAUCAGGGAAGAUGGCUCGCAAUGGGUUCUUGGCUGUAAAGAUGUGGCAUUGGAGCUUGAUUUGACGGAGCACAGGCUUGAUAUGGAGGAGAUUUACGGAAGAGCGAUGGAGUUAUUUGGUUGUAAGAUGAGGGUGUGGGAGAGUUUAGCGAGUGAAGCGCAGGAGCAGGCGUUGCAGUUGGUGGAGGAGACGAGACGUAAGGUAAAGGAGGAGCUGGGGGAGGAGCCGAUGGAGCAAGGUCGUACUGUUUCUGGUGGUUUGAGAGGUCCGAAUGUACAGCGGUCGCCUGUGAAGCGGGAGCGCGAAGAGGAUGAAGAGCUGGGGGAUCAUGGGGGGGCUUCGGCGGGGCCGCACGCAUACCCGUUCAUGGGGAUCAAUAUUUCGAGGACCAGUGUGAGCGAGGCCUCAGCCCCUGCCAAGCCAGAGCCAGGGCCAGAGCCACAGGGUGAAACAGAGACCGAGACAGAGGCCGAGGCCGAGGCCGACACAGACACAGACACAGACACGUGA